UAACAACAUCAAGAUGGCGAUAAGUGUUUGAUGUGCUUUAAUAUUUUACCAAAAAAUCUCUCGUUAAACCCUUUCCAUAAUGGCUAGCAUUGGCAAAUGGAAGGCUUCAUACUACUGCGACUCAAAACGAAGUUGGAUACCCGGAAUUUUUCAAGUUUGUCCUCAAUUUAUUCGUUUUACUGAAGAGAUUCCUAAAAGUACUAAUGACAUCAUCGACCUCACGAUUAAUUUUGAUGAAUUCGUAGAAUUAAAGAAAGAAACUACAGCAAUAUUUUAUACUGCUUUGACUAUACGAUGUACUAAUAACAAAUACUGGUUCGCAUCUUUUCCAAGCUGCUCACACGUGUAUAAUAUCCUGGAACAUUUUUGGAGAGAACGUUUAUUAUCAGGCAACGACUCCUCUGCACAACAAGGAUCUGGUGGACAAAAGCUUUUAGAAAUCCUCCAUGAUUCUGCUAAUUGUCUGUCUUCCACUUCAAAAACCCUCGAAACUCAAGGGCAACAGAUAGAUAAUGCCUGUAGGACUAUGAACAAGUUGCAUAAUGAUUUACGAGUCGCAGAAACCAUUAUAAGUAGCAUGGAUUCAUGGUUGAAUCAAUGGGAUCUUCAUGUCCCAGAAGUUGUUAUCAAUGUCCCAAAACAAGGUAGUGAAAUGGAGAAAAUGGAACUGCCUGUAUUGUAUGCUGCUAGUGAAAAAGAAAAACACAUCUCAGGCUCCUUGGUGCUUAGCAGUAAGGUGUUAGAGAUAUUGGACAUCCAGAGGAAUCCAGUGUAUAGUUUCACGGCCAGAGAGGUUUCUGAAGUAAGAGUCCACACACCAUUUGAAAUGACAUUGAUCAAGAGUGAAAUAGGAAAACCAGAAGUCUGCGUACAUUUGAUCUCGGCAAAACUUAUCAAGGUUAUGCCUCAUAUUAAUGUUAUGCUUGGGCCGAAGUUGAAUUUUGAUGAGCCUCCAGAUAGUGUUGCCAUGACAACUGCUAGCUCGCAUAAUGAUACUGAUGAGUUGUUAGCAAAUUUAAAGCUAGAUGAAAUAGAAAAGCAAAAGAAAAUGCAGAAAGCAUCAUCUGCAAUGGGAAACAGAGGAGCUAAGACUGUGAGUGAGACAGAAGCAGCACAGAUGACAAAAAUUCUCCAGGACAUGAAGUCGAUGGCAGUUGGAAUACAAGACGAGCAGAACAGACAGUUGGGCAUGUUAGACUUACUGUCUGACUCAGUUGAUAAAGCUAAUGAAAGGAUCAGAAAAGAUGCAAGAACUAUCAAACGUUUGACUUAAAUUCCAUUGGGGGGAGGGAGGUGUUUAUUAGUUUUCAAACCAUAAUUUUCUCCAUAUUAGCUUUAUUUCUUUUAUGGUGGAGUGAUUUUAAUAGGCCUAUUAAAUGAUUUACAGUUUCA